AUGGGUGGCGGCAACGUAAGUAGCCCUUGUGUCUGCGUGUGGGGAGUAGAAGAACAAAAGGCGGGACGAGGGGAAGAGACUGACAUGCAGCAGGGUGCCAAGGCAGCGCAGAAGCGCGAGCGCAACGCAAAGAACAGUGGCGCGACGGCCAAGUCACAACUCAAGCUGAACGAGAAGGCGCUGAACAUUCAGUGCGAGGUCUGCAAGGCCACCUUCCUCAGCACGACCCGGGAGAAUGCGUGA